UACAUGAGCGGAGGGGUUACCUGAUUGGAGCACACAGACAUCAUCUUUGUGUGCAUCAGUGAUGAUUAUAGAUUAGACAUAGACAACUAUAGUGCGAUUACCUAUAGAGUAUUUCCCCCUUUCAUUCUCUUACCACGACUGUCGACAGACUGUGCGGUGUGAAGAAGCAAAAUGACUAUUAGGAAUGUAAGGGACCAUGGCCAGCGUUACAGACCGCGUAUGGCAUGCCUGAAGAAGAUCGAGGCAGUGGUGUUGGAGAUGCAGGACCCCAAGACAGGAGUGAAAUCUCAGACCCAGAGACUUGUUAUCACCACCAUCCCACAUGCCAUAACAGGGGAAGACAUUGUUGGAUGGAUCGCUAACCGAUUCAAAAUAAAUGCCUUGGAGGCCCGAGCUAUGGGUACCAUGAUGGUGGCUUUUGGGUACAUCUAUCCACUACAGGAUCAUAAAAGACUUAUCAUUAAACCUGACACAUCUCUGUAUCGCUUUCAGACACCAUAUUUUUGGCCUGCACAGCAGUGGCCAGUUGAGGACACAGACUAUGCUAUUUAUUUGGCAAAGAGAAAUAUACGCAAGAAAGGGAUGUUGGAGCUAUAUGAACAGGAACAGUACAACAACCUUUACAAAUGGAUGAAUCACAAAUGGGAUUUUAUUGUAAUGCAGGCCAAAGAGCAGUACAGGGCAGGAAAGGAGAGGAAGAAGCCAGAUCGAGUGGUUUUUGACUGUCAGGAACGGGCCUACUGGGUUGUACAUCGACCACCGCCAGGUACAGUUAGUGCCAUGGACUAUGGACAUGACAGGAUGGUCGACCCCAAUAUGGAGGAGGUAAAGAAAAAAACAUCUGACUACUACAGAAGAAUUAUUAUGUUCACUCAGCAGUGUAUUAUGAGGCCAAGGGUGAAGUCAUCUGUAUCAAUUGGAGCACUUGUUAAGUACACAACAACAUACAAAGAGCACGACCCCUUCCUCCAGGCCUGCCUCCCAAGCAACCCCUGGUUAACAGAUGAUGUAACAUAUUGGACCCUCAACAUGCCAAAUGUUGAGAUGCCAACUAGAAUGAGGGUGGAACGCUGGACUUUCAGUUUUGGAGAAUUGCUUUCCGAUUCUCGAGGGAGGGCUGAUUUCCGUCUCUUCCUUAAGAAGGAGUUUAGUGGUGAGAAUCUUGCCUUUUGGGAAGCAUGUGAGGAUCUGAAAUGGGGUGCUGCAGAGACAAUGAAAGAAAAAGCUCAGCAAAUUUAUAAGACCUUUUUGGCUCGUGGAGCUCCUCGGUGGAUCAACAUUGAUGGCAAAACUAUGGACAUAACAGUCAAGGGUUUGGCACACCCUCAUCGCUAUGUACUGGAUGCUGCCCAGACUCACAUUUACAUGCUAAUGAAAAAGGACUCGUAUGGGCGAUAUCUUAAGUCCCCAGUGUUCAAGGAAACUCAGAGGAGGGCUAUUGAUCCUGAGGCACACAGAUUCAGUGAGGCCCAGUUGGAGCAGAAUGCCAAGAGACGGCGGCCCAGCCUGAGUCCCAUCAUUCUGAGACAGCAGGAGGAGGAACAGAAGACAAAACUUGCAGCAAGUGGCCCGGUGGACAUUACACAGCUCUGCCGGUUCACAGCCCCUGUGCCUCACCUAGCAGUAUAUGCAGGCAUUUGUGAAGCCCAGUCCACUACCUCUCCUGGACUCAUGACUCUGCCCAACAGUGCUGCCUGCCCCUCUCCCAUCAGUGUGGCAAUCGACAGCACUCCAGCCUCGGAAAGGAGGUUUGAUGGCAAUGGAGGGCCUUCGUCCUCCCAUUUCCCAUCCAUUGCAGAGGCAUCAGUAUCAGAGGAAGAUAACCAGCCACCUGCCCCUAAGUCUCGAAUGGCUCUUUCACUGAGCAGACUUCUCCGCAGAGGAUGCAAUGCCCCAUCUGUCUUUGCUAGCCUUUCCCCAAAAUGUGCAGUGACUUCAGGGGGAGGGAAAGUACAGCCACUUGGAGUGGAGCCACUUGCACAACCUCAACCAAGAAGAAUUGCAAAGUUAGUGAGCACUUUUGUCUUAUUUCUUGUGAACAAACACACAUAUUGGACACAGAAUAGAAUGCAUAACAAUCUAUACAUGCAUGAAACCAUAAGAAAGAAAAAUCACAAAUACGAUCUCUUAAAUAUCUAUUUUCUUCUCCUAGUCAAUGAUGCAACUGAAUCGCUUAGGUCUCCUGCUUCACCUGAGAAAAAGACCCCUGCAAUGUCUUAAAAUGUGACAAGUUACCAAAGACUUUCAACAAAAGUCAGAAAUUUCAAUAUGAACUUAUCAAACAUUUCUCACCUUAUUUUAGCUACGCUAUCCACAUUCAUUUUAUAGCUCUACUCUUGUCAACAAUGGACUAAUUUCGGUUAUUUUUGACUUCUUCGAACAAAUUUUAGGAUACACAUCUGAAAAAAAGCUGAUACUUCAAUGAAACAUAACUAAGAAUCUCAUAAAGCAAAUACAGUAAAUAUCUUGGAAAUCAAAUUCUUGAAAAAAUUUAACAAAACAUUAUUAUUUUCACAGCUUUUUUCAAAUCAAAGUUGACAUCCCACCUGAAUGCCGGAUCUACCCCAUUGAU